AUGCCUUCCCCACCCUCUCCCCACCACAAUUAUCGCCAGGCGAUAAUCGACUUGUACAACAAGUACGACCCUGCCAAGGUGUCGCGCGUAGAUGAGCUGCUGCGCCGGUUUGUGGGGCGUGAGGAGGCCCUCGUGAAAGCCCUGGAGCGAAAGUUCGGCGAGGGCAUGGCAUCAGCGGGCGAGCAGGCCUCCACUUCGCACGGUGCGGCAUCCGCACAGGCCCCUGUGACGCUGGAAGGCAGCAGCUACUCUGAGCCUCCGCCAAACGCGCCGCUCAGUAUCAACAUUUCGAUCAAGUGUGAUGAUUCACGGCCGUCUGUGGUUGCAGAGCAGCCGGCGGCGUCGCCUUCCGACCCCGAUGCUGCGACGGACAGCGAGAAUGUAGACCGCAGUGUCUACCGCACGCGACUGCUGCGCCUGUAUCAAGCCUACGCCCCACUUCGUGUGAGUCAGGUCGAUCAUGAGCUAGACAACUACAAGGGGCGGGAAGAGGCAUAUCUGUGCGCCAUGGAGAAGAAACUUAGGGGGUUGCAGACCGCGGAGGGUGCCGAGGACUCCACCGAGGAGGUGUCGCUGCCUGCCACGCUAUCCCCUCUAGAAGUGGGUCUUCGCGACGACUGCCAGAGGCGCACCAAGCGCAGUGCCGGCUAUGAGGCCUCCACUGUUGGACUGCUGCGCAGUUACGAGACAGAUGCGCCAGAUCCAGCAAACGAUGCGGAGCGCCAGCUGCAGCGCUACCUGGGGCGAGAGGAGGAGGUCAUCCAGGAGGCUAUGGCCGAGCACGGCCCUGAGACAGUCGUCUCAGUUGUGGACACCGAGGCAACGAGCCCCGCAAUGGCAGCCGGCUUGAAGAAGGAGUACACAGCGACCCCACCCGCAAACAGCAUAGGCCCUUUGACGACGCCGUCUCCAAGUGCACCGCUGCCGAUAUCGACCACGUCUCAGGAGACGGCAAAGGCUGCCAAGCGCGCAGCCGAUGGGGUGGCACCUCCUCCCUCGGCAGCAACGACUCUUCCGACUCAGACCCGGGCUGCAGCAAUGCCUGCGGGAUCUUUGCAGGCGGCUUUAGCAAGGAAAGCCGAGAUACGCACCAGUGCAUCUCGACUCUCCAAGGCUGCUUUACCCGCGCGCAAAUGUGAGUCGGCCCGAACCCUCGACUUGAGCAGAGACGGAAUCGAUGCCUCGCUGAGCAGCACCAUGAGGGGGACGGCACUCUUCGAGGUCACUUUCUACGACUUCUUCCGCGUUCUGGGAAGCUUUCACGCGCAUGGACACGAGAGGGUGAGCCUGCGAGUGGCCAGCGUACUGCUCGGCGCCUUGUUCCCAGAGGUAUCACCGGCGAAAGUACCUUGGGAGCAUGGCGACAUGUCGUGCGUGAGCGAGAAGGAGGCCGGCGUGUCGGCUGACGAGAUGCGAGAGCUCAUCGUGCAAGGAGCAGCGCGGGAGCUGCGGAGCCAAGUUAGCGUAUCGAAUCGGCGUGUGGCGAAGUUUACACACUCACUGGUCCGGCGCAUGGCAAAGUUUGUGCGGACCUGUCGCAUGGCGGUGGUGCAGCUUCAGCGGCAGCCGCAUCCUCUCUCCGCUGGAUUCUGGGUGCAUCGCUCUGUUCUUCCGCGUGCUGUACCCCACUGGAAGCGGUGCUGGGCUACGACGAGCGCAGGCGGCGACGCCAUCUCCGUGUGCUACGUGGGUUCUCUCAAAGUGGAGUUGCGCAUUCCAUUUGCGCGUGUCGCGCGUUGCUACCGCGAGCGAAAUCCGGCUGGUGCGUCGCCUGUGUACGCGCGCAACGGCCUCGCUUUCCACCUGACAACGGGCACGCCGCCGUUGCUUGUUGUGGUGUGCCCGGAAUCGGGUGAUGUGACCACGCAACUCCUCUCCGCUUUCCGCUCGUGGAGCAGCUCGCCACGCGGCGUUGAUGAGAGGAGCACCGCAACGCACGUGGACUCCUCGCUGGUCCGGGCACCACUCUCACAAUGCGACGUCGCAGGAAGCAGCAGACACUUGGAAUCCAAUCAGGUCCGGGUUUGGGUGCUCGCGAGAGCCACGUCGACGUACGAGCCGCAAAGGUGGUGCGUGGAGGAUUUGUCGAUAUGCAUGGUGAACGAUCGCACUCGUGAGCUGCACACCUGCUCGGUGGCCGAUGUAGAAGGCGUGGUUGCUGAGAUGGAGCUGCCCGUGACACCGCCGGCGAGGCGCGCGCAUGGUUUUGUGCUGUGCUUUGGAAACGGCUCUGAUCCCUUGAUGGCGUUCACCGAGCAACCGCAAGACCGGACUCGGCUGGUUGGUCGGGUGUAUCAGAGCAAGGUGCUUCUUCAAGUAGAAGCGAAGGCAGCGGGCAAGGUCAACGGAGGUGGUUAG